GUGUUAUGCCGACCACAACUCCGUCAUCUAUGCUGGCUUCCACUUCACGUGGAGCCAGACCUAUGACCGAUGUCGCCGCCUCGCCGCCUCCCUACGGGCUCUCAACAUUGUCAAGAACAACGUCGUUUCGGUGUUGGCCCCAAAUGUUCCGGCAAUGUACGAGAUGCAUUUUGCGGUGCCAAUGGCGGGGGCUGUGUUGAACACCGUCAACACGAGGCUCGACGCGAAGAACAUUGCAACCAUUCUAAAGCAUUCUGAGGCCAAGGCCUUCUUUGUGGACUAUGAGUAUGUGGAGAAGGCGAAAAAGGCAUUGGAGAUAAUGAUGGGCGAAAAUAUAUCGGUGCCCUUAGUGGUUGACAUCGACGACGUCGCCGCCCCCACCGGAAUCCGGCUAGGCGACCUUGAGUACGAGGAGUUGAUACUCCGAUCACAGAUUUAUCAGGAUGGCACGAAGGAGAAUGAGAGCGAUGUGACCAUCGACGACGAGUGGGACGCGAUCACCUUGAGCUACACGUCGGGGACAACAUCUCAGCCGAAAGGAGUUGUGUAUAGUCACCGGGGAGCCUUUCUGAGCACGUUGAGCUUGAUUUUGGGAUGGGAAAUGGGGAUUCAGCCCGUUUAUCUAUGGUCACUCCCGAUGUUCCACUGCAACGGCUGGACCUUCACCUGGGGGGUCGCCGCCCGUGGCGGAACCAAUGUCUGCAUGCGCAACACCACCGCAAGAGACAUAUACGACAACAUUGUGUCACACGGAGUUACGCACAUGUGUUGUGCGCCGAUCGUUUUCUCGAUUCUCUUGGAAGCCAAGCCGUACGAGCGCCGGGAAUUGCCUGCUCCGGUCGAGAUUCUCGCCGGAGGGGCGCCACCGCCGCCACCUCUCCUCAAGAAAAUCGAGGGGCUGGGGUUUAACGUCGCCCAUGCUUAUGGCCUCACCGAGGCCACCGGACCGGCGAUGGUUUGCGAAUGGCAGGGGAAAUGGAAACAGUUGCCGGCGGAGGAGCAGGCCCGCUUGAAGGCUAGACAGGGGAUCAGCAUACUGGCACUUGCCGAUGCCGAUGUGGUCUGGGACCUCAAGACAAUGCGGCGAGUUCCACGCGACGGCCAGACCAUGGGAGAGAUCGUCCUCCGUGGCAGCAGCAUCAUGAAGGGCUACUUCAAGAACGACGCGGCCAACGCCGACGCCUUCAGAAACGGAUGGUUCGUCACCGGCGACGUCGGCGUCAUCCACCCCGACGGCUACCUCGAAAUCAAGGACCGCUCGAAAGACAUCAUCAUCUCCGGCGGAGAAAACAUAAGCAGCGUCGAAGUGGAAAGCGUGAUCUUGAAUCACGCCGGCGUUUCCGAGGUCUCCGUCGUCGCAAUGCCGCACCCCAGGUGGGGCGAGAGCCCUUGCGCCUUCGUAGUCCUGAAAUCCACCGAAAAUUGGACAGAAGCUAACAUCAUCGCACACUGUCGGGAAAAUCUGCCCGGAUACAUGGUUCCAAAGAAGGUCCAGUUUGUAACGGAGUUGCCUAAAACAGCCCUAGGAAAAGUUCAAAAGCAUCUCCUAAGAGCUACGGCUAAGACCUUGGUCAUUUCAGGAAAUGAUAAUAACAAGUCUAAGUUAUGAGCAGAUCUAGUAGAAACAAGACUAACCGAAGUAUUAAUAUGCAAAAGUAGCCGAGAUCGAUAUAGAUCCUAAUCACUACCAUCCAUCUUGGGAGUAGAUGAUCCUUGCAUUCUUUGUCCCGUAAUCACGUUUAUAACUGUGAAAUAAGUACUACGUAGUAUAUAUGCCCACACUGUUUCAACACAUAAUAUGUGAAUAAAUUCAUAAUCAUACCGACUUUGCCUUUUUUAAUCUUAAGUGCCUUGGUCAAACUAAAAUUCAAACUAUAAUGGGAAAUGCUCAAACAUUCAAUAUAAAUAGAUU